GCCCUGGGCCCCCUCCCACGCCCCGCACGCCCGCCUCGCCUGCCGCUGCGCUCCGAGCCCCGCCGCGUCCUGCCUUCGAGGCCGACAUGAAGGAGCCCCGGGGCGACGGCGGGGGCGCCCCUUUCUGCACCCGCCUUAACCACUCGGACCCGGGCAUGUGGGCGCCCGAGCGCUCCGCCGGGGCGCGCAGCAACCUGAGCCGCGCGCCGGGCCCGGGCGAGGACUGCGGCUCGGUGUCCGUGGCCUUCCCCAUCACCAUGAUGCUCACGGGCUUCGUGGGCAACGCGCUCGCCAUGCUGCUGGUGUCGCGGAGCUACCGGCGCCGGGAGAGCAGGCGCAAGAAGUCCUUCCUGCUGUGCAUCGGCUGCCUGGCGCUCACCGACCUGGUGGGGCAGCUGCUCACCAGCCCCGUGGUCAUCGUCGUGUACCUGUCGCAGCAGCGCUGGGAGCAGCACGACCCGUCGGGCCGGCUCUGCACCUUCUUCGGCCUGACCAUGACGGUCUUCGGGCUGUGCUCGCUGCUCAUCGCCAGCGCCAUGGCCGUCGAGCGCGCGCUGGCCAUCCGCGCACCGCACUGGUACGCGAGCCACAUGAAGACGCGCGCCACGCGCGCCGUGCUGCUCGGCGUGUGGCUGGCCGUGCUGGCCUUCGCACUGCUGCCCGUGCUGGGCGUGGGCCAGUACACGGUUCAGUGGCCCGGGACGUGGUGCUUCAUCAGCACCGCGCGAGGGGGCAACGGCACCAGCUCGGCGUCCGACUGGGGCAACCUCUUCUUCGCCUCCACCUUCGCCUUUCUGGGGCUCCUGGCGCUGGCUGUCACCUUCGCCUGCAACCUGGCCACCAUUAAGGCCCUGGUGUCCCGCUGCCGGGCCAAGGCGGCGGCAGCGCAGUCCAGCGCGCAGUGGGGUCGCAUCACCACCGAGACUGCGCUGCAGCUCAUGGGGAUCAUGUGUGUGCUGUCGGUGUGCUGGUCGCCGCUCUUGAUAAUGAUGUUGAGAAUGAUCUUCAACCAGACUUCGGUUGAGCACUGCAAGACGCAGACGGAAAAGCAGAAAGAAUGCCAUUUCUUCUUAAUAGCUGUGCGUCUGGCUUCGCUGAACCAGAUCUUGGAUCCCUGGGUUUAUCUGCUGCUAAGAAAGAUCCUCCUUCGAAAGUUUUGCCAGAUCAGGUACCGCACACACAAGUAUGCAUCCAGCUCCACGUCCUCGCCCCACCAGUGUUCCUCAACCUUGGUGUGGAGAGACCACUCGGAAAGAUACUGAAAGAAUGCAGCUGGACUUUAUGCGCAAUCCCUGUCUCCUCAGGUUUGUGGUUUCUUCCCACCGCUGAAGGAGAAGUUCAUGUUUUCAUUUGGAUGAUAAUUUUUAUUUUUAUCUCAUUUUUAUUUUCAAUGUCUUUCUUGGUGGCAGUGCACCCGGGGCCAGGCUCGUCACAAAUAGUGCAUGCCGCUGAGUGCCAAAUUGACUUCUUUGAAGGGCUCUGGACAGACUCUAAGGAGUUGGAUCUGUUUUCCACGGAUUAUAAUUGCUGGUAAAAGUGAGCAGGAGAGAGAGAGCCUCCUGGCACAGGACUUUUUUUUUUUUUUUUUUUUACCAGGGAUUGAACUGAGGACCCUGUGCUCCCCAGGCAGGCAUGUAAGCCUCUGAGCUACCCCCCCACCAGCUUUAGCCCAGGACUUUUCUCCAACUUCAGAACUUUACCAGAUUUCAAACAGAUGUGGAGAUCUUUGCAUUCAUGGUUUGACUUUACAAUAUAAGUUUGGGGUCAGCCAAAUAGCUCAGCAGGUUAAAACACCCCCCCACAAGCAGGCGCAGAGGCUGGGAGUUUGAUGCC